AUGGCUUCCGAAACGAGCGGUGCUGCUCCUGGAAAACUUCAGAGAGUCGAUUCCCAGCCAGAAAACCCCUACGCCAGGUUGAUUGAGGACCAAUCCAUCGCAGUGGUACCUUCAUUCACCCUCGAGUCUGGCGUCACACUAUAUAACGUCCCUGUUGCAUAUACCACCCGCGGUGUCUUGUCGCCGAAGGGCGACAAUGCGUUGGUCAUUUGUCAUGCCUUGAGUGGGAGCGCCGAUGUCGCCGAUUGGUGGGGCCCACUCCUAGGAGGCCCCGGGCAGGCAUUCGAUGUAUCGCGGUUCUUCAUUGUCUGUUUAAACAGUCUGGGGAGUCCAUAUGGAAGUGCAAGUGCCGUGACAUAUAAACAUGGUAAGCCUGAGAAUGGCUACUAUGGUCCGGAGUUCCCUCUCACUACCGUCCGGGACGACGUCAACAUCCACAAAAUCGUUUUAGACGACCUCGGUGUCAAGCAGAUCGCGGCUGUUGUUGGAGGGUCCAUGGGAGGAAUGCUCACCCUAGAGUACGCUUUCUUCGGCAAGGACUAUGUCCGCGCUAUUGUCCCCAUCGCUACCUCUGCGCGCCAUUCUGCAUGGUGCAUCAGUUGGGGUGAAGCUCAACGACAGAGCAUUUACUCUGAUCCCAAAUACGACGAUGGCUAUUACCCAUUCGAUGAUCCACCAGCUACUGGUCUCGGUGCUGCGCGCAUGUCGGCGCUUCUCACCUACCGCAGCAGAAACUCAUUCGAGUCUCGCUUUGGCCGCAAUGUACCUGACCCAUCCAAGCGGCAGAACAUUAAUGGAGUUGAGAGGAACCCUUCACCUCCAAAUGAGCACUGGGCUAUUCACAACGAUGGUCACCGGGGCGGCGCAACUUCUCGGUCCGAGAGCAGACAAGACUCGCCUGCUCCUCAAACUGAAGUCCAAUACAUGGACCCCCAGUUCUCUGGCACCAAGACAUUCUCUGUGCCUACGCCGCAACCUAAGACUGACGCAGCCGGUCGCUCUCGCCCCCCGACCUAUUUCUCAGCUCAGUCCUACCUGCGCUACCAAGGCGACAAGUUCAUCAAGCGAUUUGAUGCCAACUGCUACAUUGCAAUGACCCGCAAACUUGAUACCCAUGAUGUGUCGCGCCAGCGUGCUGAUCAGAACUCGGACAAUCCGGUCUACGAUGCUCUUUCACAGAUCCAGCAGCCGGCUCUUGUCCUGGGCAUUGAGUCAGACGGUCUCUUCACAUUCUCAGAGCAGCAAGAGCUUGCGGCGGGAAUCCACAACUCACGACUAAAGCGUAUCGAAAGUCCCGAGGGCCAUGAUGCCUUCCUCCUGCAGUUCGAGCAAGUGAACCGUCACAUUGUCGAAUUCUUCCACGAGGUCCUGCCGGACCUGAUGGCCCACACCAGCGCUGAAGGCGCCGCAGCCCUCGCCAGUGUCAACAAGCUCACCAAGAGUAGCACCUUUGGCGAGGCCGAAGUGGAGGACAUGACCGCGUGGUAA